AUGGGGAGCGAACGCAUAGGCCCCGUAGCGCGUAGACUAGCAGAUGAGGCGCUAGAGCAGAGAUCGCUUGCAGUGUCGGUUUUUUCUUUCUGGGAAAUUGCCUUGCUCGUCCAGAAGAACCGAAUUGAUAUAGGUCAGCCCAUGAGGGUUUGGCGUAACAAUGUGAUAGCUCAGGGAGUCCACGAGAUUGCGGUUUCUGGAGAAAUCGCGCUAAUGUCGACCGAACUAGAUGGACUCCCAGCAGACCCAGCAGACCGCAUCAUAGUUGCCACGGCGCUGGCACGUGAAGCCACGCUCGUAACCGCUGAUGCUAGAAUCCUGGACUGGCGAGGAACACUCGACAGGCACGAUGCCAGAACCUGA